UGUUUGGCACUAUAUAUACACACAUCUUGUAGAAAACGUUGAAAGCGGAGAUGUAUGAAUGCUAUUGAAAAUUCUCUGCCCUGUGGCGCAUAAUGUCCGCCACCGGUCUGAAUUCAUAUCCGUCAUGGAGGCUUUUGAGCUACCCGAUUGAAAUCUUUCCCUUGUAAGCAUAGACGAUUAGAUUUCGUGGGAUAGUCGUUAAUGUACAAUGGAGGUCGUUGCGAGAAUACAGGAUUCAAUGGCGAAGCCGUUCCUCGGCGGAUGGAGGAACACCGUUACCGGCCUAAUUUAUCACAAUGCCUGCACGCAGACACAUGGUACAACAAGGAACAGAAUUACACAAACUGUCACGGUUGUGGAUGCGGUCACCGACGUCGUUCACGACCAGGCAGUGCAAGUGCACUUUUUGCCGGAUGCGCGCGAUAAAAUCAUUACGCCCGGAAUUUCCUCCUUUCUAACUCCGAAAACGGUCGAAGAAGCCGGACCAUUAUCUCGUCAAGAUGACAGCAACAUUCUCGAUAGCAUUAUUAAAAUACAAAAAUAUUAUAGGGCUUAUCGUGCCAGAGCCUCGGCUAGAGCAAACGCUCUCGAAGCGACUAACAUCUCUCGACAUGACAAGGCAAACGUGACCGAGCACGCAAGACAUUCCCAGGCCCUGUCCGCCUACAGCAGCACGGAUUUCGUGAUGCUGAAUCGCCGUUCGCCGCGAACGAGCUCGGACUUCGAGUCGCUCUACAAUCUCCUUGAUCGUUGGCGAAUUCUCGAGGUUCAACGGACCAGCAGCACGCUCGUCGGCUCCUCGAGAAUCGCCGCCUGCGGUCUGAUCCUGUCGAAGGAGAUUGAGUUGCUGCGCGCGAUAGACUCCAAAAAGACCGCCGUCCGGCUCAAGUGCAGGGAACGGAAACAAUGCCGACUUCUGGACGAAUUAUCGAGACCGGUCGCCUGGCAGGACAAUCGAGGCCAGUCGAUUCUCGUGGACACGCUACGUGUUCAACGAGCCCGUCAGCACAGAAACGUCUAUACCUCGCUGGCGAACGAGAAUCUAUCUGUCCUGGAACGAAUUGAUCUACUGCGCGAUCUAAAACGUGUCAUUGACAUGCACACGUGCGACCAAUCGCAGGAGCUAAUUUAUCUGAUCGAUCAAGAACUGGAUCUACUGGAGUGUCGAGUGGACACUAGCAGGCUCAACUGGCUCAGAAAUCGGCUGAAGCUGAGCUUUCUCAAACUGGCGCGCAACGCUCUGCAAGACGAUCUCGAGGAAGACAUGAAUAGAUUCGGUUGGUCGGACACUAGUAUUACGCGGCUCUGCAGGACCUGCGAUAGGCUUUUAUCCUUGGAAAAGUUUCCCCGCGAACAGCGAUUGCGGUCUUCCUCUUGCGUCUACUGCACGUCCAUGCGAACUCGAAGAGGUCCUCGCGUCGUGUACGAGAUUUAUGAGAGGAUGUUGCGGAAACUCAGGCGUUUCGAAGCAAAAAUGGGCUGUUAUAGCAGUCUGGCCUUCGUGGUCGGGGCUAAAAUCGUUUGUCGUCUGGUCAAUGAAAUCUGGCACGGGAGAUCUGGCAUUUCCGAGUGCGAUGAUCUCGAUCAACUGAUGCUGACUCGCUUUCGACGCGAGCUCGAAUGGGCGCCUUGGAAUUCUCUAUUAUUAACAAAGAAUGAGGCUGCGAUUCAUCACAGUAUCACUGAUAUCGAAGCUUUUUACGACUCUACGCUUCUGCAGAAGUUUUGCACGAAGAAUCUCCAGGCAAAAGUAUACUUCGAAUCGAUUUCUCAGGCGCGAAGAAAUAUCGUGACACCGUCCUCGAUGGAGGAUUAAUAAUAGAUUUUAUUUCUUUUAAUUAAUAGAUACAUCAAAUAGAGA